AUGCCAUCCCAUACCUUUUUGUCUCCCUCCUUGCCGCCGCCUGCCCCACCGACGAUGUCCUUUGCCCAUUGCUAUGCGAUGAUACACCGGCCCGAGCGCAUCAUCUGUUCCCACGCCGACCACUCCGCAGGCACAAUUUCGCCCUAUCGAACGUGUCAAGGAUGGAAAGCGCCGCGCUCGGUUACGUGGGACGGGGUCGGGCAAUGUGACAUUCUACGAUGGCUCGGGGAACGCACGCUGAUGGCUCGGGAACUUCUGGAAAAUCUCCGACGUUUACGGCUGCUCAUCGCUCUGGCGGUCGGGGAUGGCUCGUAUGGGAGUGGUCGUGACGCCGCUGCGGGCUUUGUGGUCUUGUUUGUGCGCUUCUGGGCAAUGAGGCGCCAGGUGUUAGACAUGAUCAAGUAUCACCUGGACGGCAUGCUCGGCGUUGGGUCACUUUCGGGUCCACCACGUCAUACUGGAAGGAUUUCAGUCAGACUUCUGCUUCAGAAUGGCCUUUCUUGGUGCUGUCCGUGCCUUGGCAGGACGAAAGUGGAUUCACAAAUUCUGAUUCAUUUACUGCUCGGAUCUGUGUCACUAUCGUCUCAUCACUCCUUGCAUAGCGCUUGUUAG